CUAUGAUUAAAUCGCUGACAGAGACUCCUCCCCCAUCAGCCAAUCACUGUGGUCAUAGUUAAUAAGCGUUGACGUCAUCCAUAGAAAUGAGGUCAACCCCGCCCUUAUUCCUAGCUUAAGACUUCUCUCUAUUUCUUAGUAAACAUUGAUCUCAGCAGCUUUGUGAAUAGGUUUUAAGAGAAAAAUCUUAACUAAGAACUUGUACUGACAUUUAGGAGAACUCUUAGUGCUAAGAUAAAAUGUAUUGUGAACACGGCACCUGAUCUUUAAUCUCUACUCUCACUCCUGACAUGUGAUUGUUGUAAAGCAGUUUUAUUACUCUACUAACUACUACUAGUGCCGAUAAGUUUAUGCUUUGUAAUGUCAUAUUGACUUAUCAUGGCUCUCUCUACAACAAUAGGACAACAGACCAGUGCAAAAUGGGGUGUGCCAUCCACUCUGCAUCCCAUAUAAAAAGCCUGAUUGAUUGAUAGAACCAGACUAAUCAUCUUUGAACAUGGCGACAUUAAAGGCUUGCAGUGCUCUCGUGACCGGGGCCAACCGAGGCUUGGGUCUAGAAAUGGUCAAGCAACUCCUGGAGGCCCAUUGCUCCAAAAUUUUUGCUGCAUGUCGUGACCCAGAUGGGACAAAUUCUGAGGCACUGAGACAACUGGCCAAAGAGCAUCCUGGUGUCAUCACCAUGGUGCAGCUUGAUGUUGCUGAUCCAAACAGUAUCAAAGAAUCUGCCAAGAAAGUGGGUUCUCUACUGGGCAAGAAUGGUUUGAACCUGAUCAUAAAUAAUGCUGCAGUGUUGCCACAAAAAACCAUGUGGACCACCACUGCUGAAGACAUGAUCCACGCCUUCAACACCAAUGUGAUAGGACCUUUAUUUGUCAUUAGGGAGUACCUGCCGUAUCUGCAAGCAGCAGCUAAAGCCAGUGGCAAACCAGGGAUGUCAUGUGAUAAAGCAGCUGUGAUCAACAUCUCAACAGAUUCAUCAUCUAUGGGCAUCAUGCUAUCAUCGCCAGAGCCGUUCCCACUUUUCCCAUACAGUAUCAGCAAGGCAGGUCUUAACAUGUUGACCGUGUACACUGCUAGGGACUUAAAGGCAGAUGAGAUCCUCUGCAUUUCCCUUCACCCAGGUUGGGUGAAGACAGACAUGGGGGGAGAUCAGGCCCCUAUAAACACCAGACAAAGUGUGGAGGGGAUACUGAGUGUCAUUGGCAGCCUUACUGAGAAGCAGCAUGGUGGAUUCUUGGACUACACUGGGAAAACAAUGCCCUGGUAAACCAGAAGCACAAAGCAGAGACUCUUCCAUAAGCAAGGUCACCGAAGGGCUAAUCCAGAUACGCUGUAUUACCUAUCAUAAAUAAUGUGAUAAGCACAGCCAUGAACUUUUAUGACAGACAAAUGGAAACUUCAUUUUCUAGCAUGUUCGUUACAAUAAAACUAACUAAACAAACAAUA